UGUGUAACAUGGUUGUUCCCCUUUUGCAGCUUCUAAAUACAUCAAAAUGUUUGUGUUGGACGAGGCUGAUGAGAUGCUUAGUCGAGGAUUCAAGGAUCAGAUCUACGAGAUCUUCCAGAAGCUGUCGAGCAACAUCCAGGUUGUCCUACUGUCUGCCACCAUGCCAGCCGAUGUUUUGGAGGUCACAAAGAAGUUUAUGCGUGAGCCUAUCAGAAUCCUCGUGAAGAAGGAGGAGCUGACACUCGAGGGCAUCCGCCAGUUUUACAUAAAUGUGGAAAAAGAGGAAUGGAAGCUGGAUACCUUGUGUGACUUGUACGAAACCUUGACCAUCACACAAGCUGUGAUCUUCAUCAACACGAGGAGAAAAGUGGACUGGCUUACUGAGAAGAUGCACGCCAGAGACUUCACAGUUUCUGCUCUGCACGGUGACAUGGACCAGAAAGAGAGAGACCUGAUCAUGAGGGAGUUCCGCUCGGGCUCCAGUCGAGUCCUUAUUACCACUGACCUGUUGGCCAGAGGUAUUGAUGUUCAGCAGGUUUCCCUUGUCAUCAACUACGACCUGCCAACCAACAGGGAAAACUACAUCCACAGGAUCGGUCGAGGAGGUCGUUUCGGCAGAAAGGGAGUAGCCAUUAACAUGAUAACCGAGGAUGACAAGCGAACACUGAGGGACAUUGAGACAUUCUACAACACCACCGUGGAGGAGAUGCCCAUGAACGUGGCCGAUCUUAUCUAGAAGACUCCCCGCUUCUGUUUGUCCACCCAUAUCCGAUUGUUUUAGAAGUAAAAGCUUGUUUCCUACAAUACGAAUACUAAAAACUUCCUUUUUCUAAAUUCCACCCUGAAUUUACUCAGCAUUUGACAUGAUUUUGGAAGAAUAACUUGCUGACCCGCUCCAUCUGCCAUUGUCUUUUAUCGACCCUGAAAUUCUCCCAGCGGUUAAAUACUCUGCUUCACGCCAGAACUGUUUCCAAAAGCACAUUUAAAGUCCAGUGAUGACAUUAUACUUGCUGAUUGUUGGCAAAGAGACACUGUUGAUUUGAAGCUUGUGUGAGGUUUGACUGUUGCAGCGUCGGUCGGCUGACCCGAGCAGUCUGGACUCGACGGUGUUCUGAAUGAACAGCGGUGUGAUUGACUAGCUCAGUAUUUAAACAAUCUUCAGUGUAUUUGCACAACGUUCAUCGCACGCCCACGGUCAUGUUUACAGCAGGUUUUGGGUUCUGGAAGUAAACAGGACAUGAUCAAUAAAAUGAGCUGUACAGUGGCUGACAAAUUUGAUCCUCUUUACUGCUGUGCUUUUUCUGCUUUUCCUCCUUUCCCACUGCGGCCGUAACCCUGUUCAGCCAUUUGUACAGUAGAGUUCAGAGGAGGAGUGCUUGCAGGCGGAAACGGUGAGUUGUAGCGAUUUGGCCUCCUGACCCAGAUCCAAGCGGCUUUUUUUUGGUUUUUAUUUUUUUCCCCGUCUCCAGUUUGUUGAGAUUGGAGUUUUUUUUAAUUUUUACAGGGAAUAUAAGAUUUCAAAUGGUUGUGGUCAUGUUUUGUAACCUACCUCAUCCAAAUCUUAUAGGUGAAUGGGGAGUGUCAUCUGGACCAAACUACAAAUAUAAAAGUAUAUAGAGAUUUUUAUCUUACUUUCCACUCCACCAAAAGUUUCUGAGCUCUCGUAUUAUGAGGUGUGUGCUAUCAGUGCUAAUUUUUUUUUUUUUUUUUUUUCCCCAAAUGUAUGGAUUGUUCCCCCCUCCUUUUUUUUUUUUCCUUUUUUUUGAGACAGUGUAUCAGGUUUUCUACAUUGGAUACUGUAUAGUAUUUAUUUUAUUGGUCUUUAAAAGAAAAACAAUAAAAACAUUCUUUUCUUUUCCUUUUUUUAAAGCUGUAAAGCAGCCCUCUGUUGGCCAAAUCCUGUGUGGUGUCUACUUUUGUGGCAAAGCUCACUCAGUGACGUGGGCGAUGGAGUGGAGCAGUCAAUGUUAGAGCUGGAACUCUUAUAAUAUUCACAUCUUCAGACACGCUUGUGUCACAUCAAAGGAGAACGUGUGUCGGUGUCUCUUGCAUUUCCCAUCAUUUAUUUUCCCGUUGUCUUUUUUUUUUCUCCCAAUUAAAGAGCUCAUUAAGAUCUGAAUCUUCAUUAAAAAGAGUCACAGCCCUGA